AUGCGUUGCCUCCACUCCUUGGCGUGUUGGUUCUUCCUCAUCUUCAUCUCCAACGGGGUUGCUAUCGAGGAACCGAAAAGUGAUUCUACAGGCACCUUGGAGAUCGAUUUGGUCUUUCCACGCAAUGAAUCGACAUUUGUUCCCUCUUUGAUGACGCCUUUUGUUUUUUCUUUCGGAACCCCCCAACUUGUCCCUAUUCUCCUACCGUAUCUUAUUUAUAGAGUCUACAAUUACAGCGAUACUACCAGUCAUGUUCUUGCUGGCAGGAUUGAUAGGAGGUCUAUCAAUCUCUCAGACAACAAUGACCCUCACUUCGAAGUCAAUUACCAUCGUCAGUUGGAUGUUGAAGGCAAAUGGCUUAUGAUGCUCAUUUCUGGUGUUCUCGUUUGUUACGAGGAUCGCCAUAACUUAUACAACAAUUCACACUUUAUUGACGCCAACUACACCGAGACCAACAUUACUUUCACAACAAAGGGCCCUUCAGGACAGGUCGAUCUCGCUGCUGAGACAAGCGACAAGAAUUGUCCAUCUCCAGUUGGACUCCACAUCGAUGUCCAAGACACGAUGAAAAUCCCGGAAGGUGAUUUCCGUGCCGACGAAACGGUAGCAGAGGUCUGCGCAGUCGAGCCUCUGGUAACUUUGCCAGAUAAAUGUGUGGCUGUGACCCCUGCGGCUACAUCAAGCAUCGCCACCGAAAUGUCUUUGCGGGUGUGCAGCACCAACUAUGACAACAGGUCGGAAAUCCCUGAGAGCUUUGGUUGUAAACCACUGGGUGGGAAAGAGAGUAUGGGAGUGCAAGUUCUGUUUGGAGGGACCACUUGCUUAGCAUUAUUACUGGGAGCUCUAGCCUACAUCUUGUAA